UGUGCGCGCGGCGGGGGGCGGCGUCUAUAUAAGGGGCCGCGCCGGCCGCCUCCUCUCCAAAGCGGGCGCCGGUGGCCAGGGGUGCGCGCUCUCGCUCGCUCUCUCGCUCUCUCGGCUGCUGCUGUCCGCAAUGCCUUCCCGGGCGCCGCCGCCGCUGCUGGCUUGGCUGGUGCUGGCGGGGCUGGGGGCGGCCGGCUGGGCUGCUCCGCGGCGGGAGCGAGCCCCGAAGGCGGCUUCGUGGGAGGAGGUGAACGUUUUGGCUCACGGGCUGCUGCAACUGGGCCACGGGCUCCGCGAGCACGUCGAGCGGCUGGGCGGGCAGCUGCGGGACCUGAGCGGUCGGCUGGCCGCCCACAACGCUUCGCUGGCCGGGCUGGAGCGCUCGGCGGCCGAGCAGAGGGAGCGGCUGACCCGAGCCCAGAGCCUCUUCGACGGCCGCUUGGCGCAGCUGGAGGCUCGGCUGGCCGACGGCGAGGCGGCUUGGCGGCGGCGCGGGGCUCGGCUCGACGGGACGGGCCAGGCGGGAGCCGAGAACAGCAGCGACCCCGCGGCGGCGGCGACGGCGGAGGAGGAACGGGACGCGCUGCAGAACCUGGUCAGGCGCCAGAACGUGAGGAUGGAGGAACUCCUGCAGAAGAUCAAACAGCAGCAGUUUCGGAUGGAGAAACAGAACCUGCAAAUUAAGAGCCUGCAGAGCAAGGUCAAUACCCUCAUCCCGUUGCAACGCAGCGAAAAGGACCCUCAGGCCCCUCGGUGGAGAGUGACCGUCCAGCGGAGCGCGGACAACCGAGCAACCAAUGAGAGCCAGACGGCCAAACCGCGGACACUGGAAAAUUCAAAGCUUCCGGCCGGCUGUCAUGACCUCUUCCUCGAAGGGCAGCAGAACAGCGGGGUCUUUGAGAUCCAGCCCCCCGGAGCCCCGGCUUUCAAAGUCUUCUGCGACAUGGAGGACGGCGGCUGGACUGUCAUCCAGAGGCGCUCGGAUGGCUCGGUGGAUUUUGACCGACUCUGGGACGCUUAUAAAGACGGCUUUGGAAAUCUGACAGGAGAUUUCUGGCUAGGCUUGGAGAAGAUGCACCGGAUGGUGAAGGAGGAGCGUUUUCAGCUGCUGGUCGAGCUGCGAGAUUGGGAAGGCAACGCUCAGAGAGCCCACUUCCUCUUCCGGCUGGGCGGGGAGGAGACGGCUUACACCCUCAGCCUCCUGGGACCCAUCCGGGGGGAGCUGGAGAGCGCCAUGGGGGAUUUCCCCCAGCUGCCCUUCUCCACGCGGGAUCGCGACCACGAUCUGAAGGGCGACACCAACUGCGCCAAGCACCUCUCAGGAGGCUGGUGGUUCAGCUACUGCGGCCACGUCAACCUGAAUGGCAAAUACUUCCGGUCCAUCCCACGGCAGCGGCACGAGAGAAAGCAAGGUAUCUUCUGGAAGACCUGGAGAGGGCGUUACUACCCCCUGCGAUCCGCUGCCAUGAAGAUCCGCCCUGCAGAGCCGGACCGGGUGUCCUAAGCCCCGCCCUCCCCGCAAGAGACUGGGCACGGCUCUUCUUCCUGCCCUGUUCCCGCGAGACGCAGCUGGUCUCCGUCUCUGGAGCCCGGGCAGCUGUGCCCCACAGCUGGCAAUUGAUCAGAGGAUGGGGUGGGGGAGGUGGGCUUCCUUUGUAAGGGGUGGGGGGGGUGAACCUGGCCGACUGGAGGAAGAGCACAUGGGCAUGGGGGAAGCCUGCUGGAUUGUGGGGCCAGAGGAAUUUGGGAGGCUCCACCUCUCUGCCCCCUGUGAUUGUGGGAAUGUCUUUUGGGGUGCUUUGUCUGCUAACUUAGUGCUCCUCCAAAUGCAAAACAGCUGCGGCUUCCUCUCCCCCCCCCCGGGCCUCCCUGAAAAUAUAUGUGCAACGGCAUUGAGACAGCUAUAGGGCUGGGGGAGGCUGGUGAGAUGGAGGGAGACAAGUCCUCACUGCAAAUGUGACCCCAAUGUAGGAGGACACACAAUGCUGGGGUCUCUUUCGUGGACUCUCCAAACCUGGCCUCCUUGAAUUUAAUGCACCCCCUCCCCCAUUUCUUUGGAUCUCCUUUAGGUCAUAUUGACUUAAAAUGCUCCUGGGUUUUUCUUGCGUAGGACAGUUGUCCGGAGGGGGGGAGGGGUCGAUGAUUACAUGUUACCUGUGUUUUUUCCUCCCCUCUUUUCCAAUGCGUUUUUUUAAAAAACAAACAAACAAACAAACUGGACCAUUGCUGAGUGAAUAUUGUCGUGUAAACGUUACAAAACUUUGUUUCGGGUGCUUGCCAUUAAGAGACGAGAGAUUUUUGUUUUUUCCUCUUCGCUUUUUUUUUUUUUUAAAAAAAAUCUUUUUAUACUUAGUUGUGUGAGACUUUGUGGUCAGUGAUAUGUCUUUUGGGCUUUGAUGAAUAAUAAUUAAAAACGAUGGGAUAUU